AUGGUCGACCCUACCCACGGCCUUUUCAAGCUCCCCUCCAAGGAGGAGCGAAGGAUCGCCCGCAAUGGUGCUCCUCUCAACCCUAUUAAGCUCGCCAUGAUGCUCACGCCCCUACAGGGCCUCAUGUUCUUCUCCGGAUGGCUCGCCUGGACAGUUGACGCCUGGGACUUUUUCGCCGUCUCACUCUCGGUCUCCGCGCUCGCCACCCAGUUCAACAGACACACUCACGACAUCACCACCGCCAUCACGCUCACCCUCCUCUUCCGUUCGGUCGGUGCUGCCGUCUUCGGCGUGAUCUCGGACCGAUAUGGCCGAAAGUACCCCUUGGUCAUCAACCUCAUCAUCAUUGCUGCUCUGUCUUUGGGAUCGGGUUUCGUGCAGACCUACCAACAGUUCCUCGCCGUGCGAUCUCUGUUCGGCCUCGGUAUGGGUGGAAUAUGGGGAAUGGCGACGGCCACAGCCCUUGAGAACAUGCCUGCUGCUCCCAGAGGUCUGUUCAGUGGAAUCCUGCAGCAGGGGUACGCUGUAGGCUAUCUGUUAGCCGCCUCGGUCAAUCUGACUUGGAUUUCCAGGACGCACAACUGGAGGAUCCUCUUUUUCCUUGGUUCCGGUCUCUCUGCGCUUGCUGCUGUCGUCCGACUGCUCUUGCCCGAGUCUGAGCUGUUCCUCCGCCAGAAGGCGCAGCGAGAUGCUUCCGGUGCGAUUGGCAAGAGCAAAGCCAAGGUGUUUAUCACCGAGCUCAAGGAGAUGCUCAAGACCCACUGGCUCCGAUGCAUCUACGGUAUCCUGCUCAUGACCGGCUUCAACUUCCUCUCGCAUUCGAGCCAGGAUCUGUACCCUACCAUUCUGCAGGAGUCCAAGCUGCUGACGGCCAAGCAGGCAUCUCGGGCGACGAUUAUCUCGAACUGUGGAGCCAUCAGCGGCGGCUUUGUGGCCGGCUACCUGUCGCAGUACCUCGGGCGACGCCUGACCAUCAUCCUGUUUGUCAUUAUCACGGGUGCGCUCAUUCCGGCGUGGAUCCUGCCGCACAGCUUCAGCGCCUUGUCUGCCGGUGCCUUCUUCCUGCAGUUCGGUGUGCAGGGCGCUUGGGGUGUGGUGCCGAUCUACCUGAGCGAGAUCUCGCCGCCUGCGUUCCGCGCGACCUACGCUGGUCUGGCGUACCAGCUGGGUAACGCGGCGUCGUCGGCCUCGUCCCAGAUCGAGGCGGUGGGCGGUGACAACCUCAAGGAGCCCAACCCCAAGUGGCACCCUGGCUCGCCGGAUACUGUCAAGGAGUUCAUCCCGGCCUAUGCACGGGUGUCGGCCAUCCUGCUCGGCACCGUGUGCGCGUACCUGCUGAUCGUCGUCACGUUCGGCUGGGAGUUCAAGGGCGCUGAAUUCGAAAAAGCUCUGCCAGCGACGAUCCCGGGCGCAGGAGAGCAGGAUGGUGACCAGCUGCAAAAGGACGCCAGGCGCGCGGACCACACGCACGCAUAUGACGAGGAGAGCAUCGAACACGUCGGUGACCGCGGCUAUGCUCGUGGCGUCUCACCAGACGACGAGAAGAAGAUCUAG